UGCAUGUGCUCUUUCCUUGUUUCGGUGCCGAUCUGCUGGCGAGUGUCACAGGUUGCAAAUCCCUCGUCGCUCAAUCAGCAUAACACUGUCUCCGCAAAUCUGCCAUUACAUGGAGAGUUCUUUAGGGUUUGCCACGAUUUUGCAGCUUUGCAACAUCAACUAGCAUCUCAUCGAAUUAGCCUGUCGCCGUUGAAAUUUCUACAUGCCUGAAGAGGUGCAACGUGAAUGCCAUAGUUUUUGUACAGCUAGCUGCCGGUAGUACUGUGAUGACGAGUGAUGAUGUUCAAGUGGGUCCGAGGUUGAGUGUGAUUGAAGAAUCCCGAACCAGCAAGACCUACGCUUUAUCCAUACACUGAUCAAGAUGGGUUCCCCCAAAAAAAUUGUGAUCGGUAUCAGCGUUGUGUCCUAUCUCAUUGCUUUUGGUCUCGCUCUUGGAGCAAUGACCAGACGGAGCCGGGGAGAUCUCGUAGUAGUAGAUGAGGAUUCGGGAACCUUGCGGUGCCAGUACACUACAGACAUUUCAACUGGACUCGCUGCUACCGCUUUUCUUUUUCUUCUGCUCGGCCAGAUGUUGAUCAUGAUUGUCACACGGUGCCUGUGCUGCGGGGGUGGCUAUAAGCCUGGUGGCGCCCGCACUGUGGGUAUCAUAGUGCUACUCUUAUCAUGGAUCUGUUUCAUAAUUGCGUCGGCAGCUCUGUUUGCAGGUGCAGACCAGAACAAGAUCCGAACCAAAGGGUUGCUGUAUCGAAGCGAUAGAAACCUGUCCUGCAAGCAAGUGCGAAGGAGUUUAUUUGCAGCGGCAGCUGCUUUCACUUUUAUCACAAUGUUAAUGACAGAGAUUUACUAUAUCCUCAUCUCAAGAGCUCGAGAGCAAGACGUAGCCUGGCACUCGUAUGGCCCAUCGGUAGGCAUGUCUGGGUACACUUGAAAUUUUUCUUGUAGAGCUCCACAAUUGUUAGGGCGCGGAUUCUUUUGAAAAUUCAUUAUUUUUCCUCCAUUUCAAUAGCUUCUAGAGAAGCAAGAAUGUUUAGUUGAACUGUGAACAAACGGAAGUACCCUAGCUCGUUUCCAGCGCUGCAGUAAAUGAAAGUGUACCUCAUGCAUUCAUGAAGCAACUGAAUUUCAAUCUAAACACUUUUCUGUUUCAAGGCUAGACUGCUGCUGUCCCUGUCGCUUGAGUUUUGUGCGUCCUCGCAUAGGACUUGCACCCAGAUUGGAUUCGGGUCGUCUCACAAAUUAUACUGGUCCACGGUGCACCUGUCAACUGAUGAGAAUUGCAUGAUCCAGCUCUUUAAGACCCAAGCGAUGCGUCCGUUGAAGUAGCUCGGGCAUCGCAUGUAAGGCGUGUGUUGUUUGGUUGUAGUCGUUGUAUAGUUCUGAAUUCCUGCCCUAGCCUGUUGUGACUCUCACAGUGCGGGAGUGCUCGCACCAGUGUGCAGUUUGGCCUCACGAAGGAUCGGCUGGUCUGGAACUUGGAGUGUAGGUGCUGGACGAAUUAUCCACUACUCUCGUAUCCAACGGUGAAAUUAUCUAGAUAGUAUCGCUGCGAUCGAAUUACAGGUAUUUCUUCUCAAGCAAUCUCUUUCUGGUAAGCUCUUGACCCUGAUCUCAAUCCUUCACCCUAUCCUGUGAAGAUGUCGCAACGCGAGGUUGAGCUCCACCCUUUGUCGGAAAAGCUGUUCAAUUCUAGGGAUCCAGUGUACAAACACCCGUCAAAGCCCAGGACGGCCGAUUUCUACGACUCCGAGGUCGAUAUUGAUUGGUCAAAGUGCGAUAGGCCGCAACCGGAUGAUACCGAAACUUUUGCGAAUAAUCCGCCAAGGGUCAGAGACCACGAUCGCCAAGACUACCGGAAUCGCCGAAUCCAACAGAUUCUUCAAGACGUCUGCGUUAGAAACAGAGACGAACCAUUUGAUGUUUUUAUAGAAAGGGCGUACUGUCAGGCUCAAGCGACGCUCAGUGCGCAUGGCAAAGGGGAGCAUGGCAAUGACUAUCCAACACUCUUGGACCGCUGGGUGUACCGCUUCGUGCUAGGCUUUAAGUUCGUCUCUAGACUGAGUGGGAAGAAAUGGGACCCCGCGGACGAGAAGAUGCUGACGAAAUUAAUCCGGGAGGAGUGCGAGAUUCUCUCGAAGAAGGAUGAGAUGUUUUCCGAUCCACACGAGAUGUGCAGGAAAGUGAAACGAGCGUGGGAGCCUGUCAAGGAGGACUUGUACAUGGGAGCCAGUACCAAGUCAGGUUCUAGUAAUUACGCUCAGAGAUCGUAGAAUGCUGUGCACGGAGGCAGCUAAAUGGAGCUCGCGGGAGGAUAAGAGAAUCGAUGUGUCUUCUAUAAUUUUUUCCUACACCUGCUCCAUUGUUGAUGCUGCCUCAAACUCCCCUUGCUAUUUAGGAUUCGAAUCGACUGGUUAACUUGUUGACUGUGCCAGAAGUUACGUAGUUGAAUGCAGGCUCUUAACAUAAAGAAGAGGGCUGUUCAUUAGGCGCCGCUAGAAAUUUCUUGUUUUCUUCAGCAGGCAAUGAGGACGGAAUGCAGUGCAGCCAGUUGAGAAGGAAUCACAGCGUUUCUCGAGACAGAUUUUGAUGCAGAGCAAUUUUUUUCUUCUCGUAAUGCAGGCAUGGUUCAAGAAAAUGGCUGGAAGUAGAGAUGAACGAAUAGUUGCAAGAUGUGACCCACUCCUUUGUAACACCAUUAAAAUUAGUGAAACCUGGAUUUGUAAAAUAAAGCGUCGUUUGAGCGCCUAAAUUAUCUGAA